CAAGCAGACACAGAAUAUUAAACUAGUAUACUCUGCUUUUACAUUGCUUGUUGUGAUAAUCAUAGAACAACUCCCAUCAAAGAAUGAUCUAUAGCUGUAACCACACUUCCAAUGGAUAACAACAUCUCUAUAUUCGUAGCAGUUAUAGUAGGAAUUCUGUUUGCAGCAUGCCAGGGAGUAUUGGGAAGAAAUCACAGUGUCAGCUGGAAAAUCUGUAGCAACCAGAGUUUUGACAGGGUUCGGGGUGAUGGAUCAAACUUUCUUGUUGGCGACACAUUGGUAUUUAGUAUGGAGGAUGAAAACGACGGUAUUGCCCGAGUGAUGUCGGAAUCCGAGUAUGAGGAGUGCAGAGCGGAGGAUUCAAAGGCGGCAAUAUACAAAUAUGGGGAGGGCAUUGAUCUGAAUGAGAGCGGUAUCUGGUAUUUUAUGUCGAGGAUUUCUGAUCGUUGUAAAUCGGGAGAAAAAGUGAUGAUAAGUGUGGUUGGAGGAUCUGUGGUAAGGAAUCGGAGUUUAAGACGUGGAGGAUCUGGGCACGGUGGCGGCAGAGGAGGAAGUGCGGGGAGUGGAGGAACUGGAACUGGAACUCCAGGGGGAUUUACCGGUCCAAAAGGAGGAAACCGGUCUCGCCCAAAAGAUGAUAAUGCCGCGGCUGCUCUGACAUGUUCUUUUCUAAUCGUAUUGCUUGGAUUGUCUUUGAUCUUGUUCAACGUAUUCUGACUGCUGAUUCAUUCAUUAGCUUUCUCGGUCAAUUCACCAAAACGAAACUAUUCGUCUGGUUUUUCAUCCCCUUAAAGCACAUCGGAACAGCUCGGAAGAAACGAGAUGAUUGAAAGAGAGUUGCAUGUUAUUUUCACUUUAUUCGACAUGUCAGUUAGAGCACUUUUACUGCUGGUCCUUUUGUCGAUUCC